UGACAGUAUGUAUUUCAGGCUCCAUACUGUCGCUUAAACUUCACAUUGUUUCAGACUAUGGAACAAAACUCUUCUCCCGGCUGAGGGACUGACCACCUCAAAACUUCGUCUUCAAGGGUGAUGGACUAAUUACAUUGUCUUCACAUCUUGACUGCUCCUGCCAAUUUUUUUUGUUUGUACUCAAUUGAAGAUUAUUUUUUUUUUAUAAUCAAAAAGAAGCGCUGAACCACAAGGGCUACUCGACUGAAGAAACCUAAUGUGUAGGCGAAACGUUUCGGAAUAUAGAUGCCUAACUGUUGCAUAUGUUUGGGACAAAAUGUCUCCUAAUUAUGUCAAGUGUUGCAUUUGUAUUUUUAUUCCACAGAAUACAUGUACACACUCAGAAGAGCCUGGUUGUGGUGGCAUGGGCAAGGGGGUGGCUGGAGUGGGCAACAAAUGUGGUACUGCCUGCUCGUGUCCUGGGUUGUCAUCACUACUCAUGUUAUCCUCUUCACACCAAGCCACACUCAACGUUCAUCAUUAAAUCAAGCCUGUUAUGACUAUAGUAACGAAAGCAAGACCUAUCAUCUUCCCAACACAUGCUGUCGACUCCACAUCUACACCAAAGAAGAUGUUCUUGCCUGUGUUCAUACAGCAACAGAUAAUUGGACUCUCCCGAAAUGGGAAAAUGGCGCAGCGUGCAUGAAUUAACUGAAAACUUACGCAUAGGCAAAUUACAUGAAGACAUUGAGGUGUACCACAUGGAUGUACCUUUACGAAUUGUAUUUCACUGGGAUCCACUACUGUUACACCUGCCAAAACUCAUGCACCAAUGGACAGACAAUGAACAGCAGAAGCCAACUUUGCUGAUUUUAGGUGAGCACAGUACUUUACUCAUGAAAAACAGCACUGGAAGUAAAAUAUUAACUAAUAAUAGUAAUAAUCUUUAUUUCUACAAGUACAUAUACAAGGUAUACAGGUUUCCUUUUCCUCUAAAGGAAUCACACAUCUUCAAAAAAUACCAAGGGGCCUACUCCAACAACAACAUCGACCUGUAUAACAACUUUAUCUCAUCGAGUCUUAUAGGCUCCAGUGUUGCCGUUUGGGAUAGUAACAUACCUUUCUCACAAGCCUAUCAUGCCCACUGUUUAACAAAAUACAGAAAAUCAUUUGAUAUGUUAUGGGAUUGUGAUAAUCCUCUGCACACAGGAUUUGUCAUGGUAGAGAAAUAUGCCAAUAUGUUUCUUAAUGAUAUCUGCAAUUUCUAUAUUGACUUAGAUUCCACCUAUUGUUGA